AUGGUUUCUGAAGAUUUUUUUUUACAAUAUAGACCAUUCAUCACAGAUCCAAAAAAUUAUUAUGAAGCUCAUUAUCAUGAAAUCAUUGGAUCUGCUGUGUUUUAUCAAUUGUUAUUCACUAUAAGUCCAAUCAUCUCUAGGUCGUUAUUUGGUGAAAAUUAUAAUGUUUUAUCGAAAAAGGGGAAGAAAAAUUUUGAUAUUCAUAUUGUUUCUAUGGUUCAAUGUUUAAUCUCCAUUGGAGUUAUUUUCCCAUUAUAUGGUAAUGAAACUUUAAACAAGGAUCCAAUUUUCUCUUAUUUACCUUAUGCUGGGUUUGUUAGUGCUAUUACAAUUGGUUAUUUCAUUUGGGAUUUAUUCAUUUGUUUAAGAUAUUUCAAAAUGUUUGGGGUAGGAUUUUUACUACAUGCAUUUGCUUCAUUAUUUGUAUUUUCUUCAACCCUAAGACCUUUUUGUCUAAGUUGGGUUGCAGGAUUCUUAAGUUUUGAAUUAUCAACUCCAUUUGUUAAUAUUAAUUGGUUUAUAAGUAAAUUACCAAAUGGUACUGUCCCAUUCCAAGUGCAAGCUAUUAAUGGAUUAUUAUUAAUGAUUACUUUUUUCGUUGUUAGAAUUAUUUGGGGUUUUUAUGCAAUUUUUAAAGUUUCAAUUCAAUUUUAUCAAGUUUGGGAUAAAUUACCAAUUUGGUUACCUUUAUCAAUUGUUGGAUUAAAUUUUGCCUUGGAUGUUCUUAAUGUUUAUUGGUUUAAAAAAAUGGUUUCAAUUGCUAUUAAGAAAUUUUCAGCACCACCAGCUUCUACCUCCAAAAAAGAUGAAUAA